UGGGUCCGUGUGGACCCGGACAGGCGGAGGCUGGUGAACGAGCAAGGAGCAGAAGUCAUCUUCCAUGGAGUUAACGUCGUCUCGAAGCUCCCUCCUUACCACCCGCAGACCGAUCACUUCGACCCCGUGGACUCUCUGGUGGCUAAGGACGUACAGGACAUGAAGGCGAUGGGAGUGAACGUCGUUCGCCUCCUCGUCGCUCUCCCCGGAGUCUUCCCUGCUCGUGGUCAAGUCAACGAGACCUACCUUGACAAGAUCGCAGAGAUCGUCGACGUCCUCGCCACGAGCGGCAUCUACACCAUCCUGGACGCGCAUCAGGAUUUGUUCUCCCCGAAGUUCUGCGGGAAUGGCUUCCCGGACUGGGCAACGCCAUACACCAAUGUCUCUGAGGGCGUCAGGCCGGAGAAGUUUCCCAUCCCGACAGCAUGGCACGAGUACGAGGUAGAUCCGGAGACCGGCUAUCCUCUGCCUUCCGAGUGCUACAAAAGUGCUUUCUUCCGAUACUACUUCUCCGACGCCGUCGGCAAGGCGUUCCAGGCCUUCUACGACAACUACGACGGGAUCCAAGACGAGUUCGUCAAUUUCUGGAGGGUCGUAGCCCAGAGGUUCGCCACGAGGAGCAGCGUCAUCGGGUACGAGAUCCUGAACGAGCCCUUCCUCGGCGACAUCCUCCUCCAUCCCGAGUUCCUGGACAUCCGGCAGGCGGACAAGAAGAACCUCCAGUCGUUUUACCAGAAAGUGCACGAGGCCGUGCGGGAGGUCGACGACCGGCACUUGCUCUUCUUCGAGGCCACUGUGGGAGUGAGUCAGACUCCGUUCAAGAGCCUCUCGGGGACGGGCCUGUCGGCCGGGCCAGGGGGUGCGGAGUACAACGACCGCCAGGUCUUCAGCUACCACAUGUACUGCUUCUACAACACGAGGGAUGGGCAGCCGGCCAACACGGAGCUGUGCAACGCCUAUUUUGACAAGUACUUGUCAAACGUGAUCGAGGGUGACUUGGAGAAGCUCUCAGUCGCUGGCUUCUUGACCGAGUGGGGAGCGAUGAUCGACGACGGGCCCGUGGACAGCGCCAUGGCGGACAAGAUCGGAGAAAUCACCGACCGUCAUGCACAGUCAUGGACGUACUGGCAGUUCAAGAGCUAUCAUGAUCCUACGACGCAAGCGAUGGAGCCAGACGGGACGGUGGAGGAAGGGUUCUACAACCAGACCGACGGCUCCCUUAGGGAGGGCAAGGUGCGGCUGAUCGCCCGCACGUACCCACAGCAGGUAGCAGGGAACAUCUCGAGCUACUCCUUCGAACCCUCCACUGGCAACUUCCAGCUCACCUUCAGCUCGUCGGGGGUGGAGGGAGAUGCAACUGUGAUCUUCGCCAGUGGGAAGUGGUUCUAUCCCCUCGGGGUGGAGGUACAAGUGACUCCGGAGGACUCGAUGCUCGUGUCCUUGGCGAGCGACUCCGUCAUCCUACGCACCCUUGCAGGUGUCAAGGAAGGGACUGAAGUGUCUGUCUCCGUC